AUGGCUCCGCAAAAGAGCAACGACAGCAAAAAGGCCACGAGGGUGGUGGGCGCCGAGCUCGCCGCCGUCUUGCCGCAAGACCAAGGGCCAUGGUACCGGCAACCGCACCUGGUGCGCCUCAACUUCUGCCUCAUCUCGCUGAUCCUCUUCUCGUCGGCCAACGGCUACGACGGCUCGUUGAUGAACGGGCUGCAAGCCCUGCCGCAGUGGAACUCGUUCAUGCACACCCCCACGGGCGCAUGGCUGGGCUUCAUCAGCGCCGCGUCGUCCAUCGGGUCCAUCUUCCAGUACCCCGUCGCCGCGUGGGCGGGCAAUCGCUUCGGGCGCAAGCCGGGCGUCGUGAUCGGCUACGGGUUCCUGGUGCUCGGCGUCGCGCUGCAGACGGGGGCGCGGAACGUGGCCAUGUUUGUGCUGGGCCGCUUCUUCGUCGGUUGUGUCAGCGCGUGGUUCAUGGUGACGGCGCCGCUGUUGAUCACCGAAAACGCGUUUCCCACCCACCGCGGCGUGCUGACGGCCAUGUUCAACUGCGGCUGGUAUAUAGGUUCGAUGCUCGCCGCCUGGGUCACCUUCGGCACGCAAUCCAUCCCAGGCUCCUGGUCCUGGCGCAUCCCUUCCCUCCUACAAGUCGCCCUCCCCUUCAUCGCCCUCCCCGGCUACCUCCUCUGCCCCGAAUCACCCCGAUGGCUAGCAUCCCGCGGCCGCACCAGCGAAGCCCACGCCUUCUUCGCCACCCACCACGCCGGCCUCCCCGCCAGCACCAGCACCACCAGCACCCCCACCUCCCCCCUCGCCGCCUUCGAGCUCGCCGAAGUCCAACGCGCCCUCUCCCUCGAAUCCCCCUCCCCCCCAUCCACCCCCACCAACCCCACCCCCACCCCCACCCUCUCCACCACCUCUUACGCAUCCAUGCUCCACACCCCCGGCAACCGCCACCGCCUCCUCAUCUCCCUCACCCUCGGCGUCUUCGCCCAGUGGAACGGCGUCGGCAACAUAUCCUACUACCUGCCCGCGGUCCUCUCGACCGCGGGCAUCACCUCGCCGCGGCACCAGACCCUCCUCAACGGCUGCCUGCAGGCCUGGAACCUCCUCUGCGCCACCUUCGCCGCGGGGUACCUGGUCGACCGCGUGGGGCGGCGCCCGCUGUUCCUGUGGUCGACGGCGGGGAUGGGGGCGUGCUACGCGGCUGUGGCGGGAUUGACGGGGGCGUACAGCAGCGGCGGGGAGAGGGACGUGGCGGUGGGGACGGCGGUGGUGCCCGUGCUGUUUUUGUACUACGCGGCGUACGACGCGGCGUGGACGCCGCUGCUGGUCGCGUAUCCGUGCGAGGUGUGGCCGUUUGGGCUGCGCGCGCGCGGGGUGGCGGUGACGGUGGCGGCGACGCAGGUGGCGGUGUUGUUUAAUACGUUGGUGAACCCGGUGGCGUUGGAGCGGAUCGGGUGGCGGUAUUAUGUCGUUUAUGUGGUGUUGUUGGUCGGGAUCGGCGCGACGUGUUAUUUUUUUUAUCCCGAGACGAGGGGGUGUUCGUUGGAGGAGGUGGCGAGGGUGUUUGAUGGGGAGGCGGCGGAUGUGCGGGCCGGGGAGUUGUGGCGGGAGAUUUCGGGGGAGGAGGAGGCGGAGGGGAAGGGGGGUGAGGUGGUGAGGGAGGAGGUUGCUGUCGCUGGGAAGGGCGGGUUGACGCACCGGAGGACGCAUAGCGUUUGA